AUCCAUGUCGCAAUAAGUCCGAGAUAAUAAAGUAAUGUUUCAUGUUUCAACUUGAAAUUGGAUCGAUUACGUCAAUCAUGACGGUCUUGGUGACCCCUCGAUCCAAAUAAAAACGAGACCAGUCAACGGAAAAGAUUUAGAAGAGAAACAAUAUUGGAAAUAUUUUUGAAAAAAAAAAUUCAAAAUUUUCAAAUUGCAAUAUUUGUAAUUCUUAAAUCAAAGGAUUUUUUAAAAGAUGUCGGCAUUUAAUAAAUAUUUCUUAUUUGUAAUCGGCGUCUUAGUGCAGCAUGGCCACGCUCAAACCGAUUUUAAUCAAGGUCUCCGAAAUUUUUUGCAUGACACAAUGCAAGAAUUUCCAGCCUGGAUUCGCCAACAAAACUUAGAUCCCACAAUUCCAAUCGUGCGACGAACCCUUUUGGAUAUUUCGACAUCAACUUUUAAUUUAAUCGGAAGUCUCAACAACAUUACACUAAACGGUCUUUCCUCCGAAGUGCAAAACGUGGACGCCACAAGGGUCAACACUCCUUUUAGUUUGGUCGAUUUUUAUUUCUUCCUCGAUUUGGGGGGUUUGUCUGGAACUUAUAACGCAACCGGAACCGUUGGUGGGUUUCCUAUCGGAUCCUCUAGCAAUUCUUGGUCACUUUCCUCGACUCCAUUUCAAAUCCGAUUUUCAGAAAAGUUUGAAAUCCAAAAUGGUUACAUUCGCCUCCUCCAAAAUAAUUACUUUACGUUCGAAGAAGAAUUUCAUUUCCGUAAUGUUAAUGGUUCUCUUUCUGGCUCUUUCGACGGCAUGUUCGACAACAACACGGAACAAUAUGAAGCUUCAAUCCUCGCCGAAAUCGCGGACCACAUGCCAUUCUGGGUUUUCGGGUAUGAAAGUCCUUCCGGACAGGUGAAACUGUUCUACAGCUAUGUCUACGCAUUUUUGAGGAACAAAUUUGACGUUACACCACUCACAGACGUCAUAAAUUGGCCAGGAGGUCCCGAACCAAGCUCUACAACGGAAACUCCAUGUCAAAAAAUAGAUUUGCCCGAAUCCCUGGACGCCACAGAAAUCGAUGCAUUUCUCCAAUGGGCAGUAGCAAAGUAUCCCGAAUACCGUGCUGAAAUGGACAAUCUUCAGAAAUCUAGGCCACUACUCGUCCAAGUUUGAUAAAAUAAUGUAAAUUUUACAUAUUUCUGUUUUUCUCAGGCUAAAUUCAACUAUUUCAGUGUUAAACCAAAAAUUAACCAACCUUUAAUCAUGCAUUCUUGUUCCAAUAUUUCCUAAUUCAUAGGAAGAAAAUAUUCUGUGCACCGUUUAAAUAAAAAUUAAGUACGCUUCAUUGCUUAAUUUAACUUCA